AUGUGGGAAAAUGACAAUGAUACUGACAUUGUCAUUGUCAAAGGAGCAGGUGGGAAAGCUUUCUGUGCUGGUGGAGACAUCAGAGCGGUCACAGAAGCGGGGAAGGUCGGUGACUCUCUUGCACAGGACUUUUUCCGUGAGGAAUACAUUCUCAACGAUGCUAUAGGAUCAUGCAGAAAGCCAUACAUCGCCCUUAUUGAUGGAAUAACAAUGGGAGGGGGCGUAGGUCUGUCGGUUCACGGACGUUUUCGAGUGGCCACUGAGAAGACACUGUUUGCCAUGCCGGAGACUGCCAUUGGGCUUUUCCCUGACGUGGGAGGUGGUUAUUUUCUACCGAGGCUCCAGGGCAGAUUGGGUCUGUUUCUGGCUUUGACGGGUUUCCGCCUCAAGGGACGUGACGUGCACAGAGCUGGAGUGGCCACUCACUUUGUUGAGUCUAAGAAGAUCCCAGAGCUGGAGAAGGAGCUGGUGGACUUGAAGUCUCCCUCUCCUGAAGACAUUACCCGAGUGCUAGACACCUACCAGAACCAGAGUAGUCUGGAUUCUGAGAAGCCUUUUGUUUUGUACAAACACAUGUCUGAUAUUGACAGGCUGUUCAGCUCCGGCAGUGUGGAGGGAAUAAUGCAGAAUCUGAAGGCAGAUGGGUCUGAGUUUGCUAAGAAACAGGCUGAGACUAUGUCCAAGAUGUCUCCCACUUCCCUGAAGAUCACCUACAAGCAGCUGCAGGAGGGCGCCACUCUGAGCCUGCAGGACGUGUUGGUGAUGGAGUAUAGGCUGGGCCAGGCCUGCAUGAGGGGCAGUGACUUCUAUGAGGGUGUCAGAGCUGUGCUCGUCGACAAGGACCAGAAUCCCAAAUGGAACCCGUCGACGCUGGAGCAGGUGUCUGACCAGAGCGUAGAGCAGUGCUUCUCCUCACUGGGAGAGAAGGAUCUGACUUUCUGAUGGCCCGUCAGCCAGCAGCUGUUUCCCACCUCCACACACACACACAC